GGGUUCCUAUAAUAAAACCCAUUUAGGUGACUGUGUUGACAGUUAGUGAACCACCAAGCGCCGCUGUUGUGGACUGCACAGUUUUUUUCUCUACUUACAGAAAUUUAUGUUGUCUACCAAAAAUUGGUCACAGAACAUUUCUAAAGGUAUUGACGGGUCCACCACCUUGAUAUCUUCAUACCGCUUUCCAGUCUUGCAAAACACUAAUUCUAAAGGUAAACUGAUUCAGUCUGGUCUGGUUCCCGUAGACUGUAGUGAUAUCCGUAAGGCUUUACCGAGUGCACCUAGUGGAGUCUACAAAAUCUACCCGGCAGGAGGACAUGGUCACACGGCGUACUGUGACAUGACCAUGGACGGUGGGGGGUGGACGGUUUUCCAAAGAAGAAUGGAUGGAUCAGUGAAUUUUUUUCGGUGGUGGAAAGAAUACAAAAACGGAUUUGGACAUUUAAAAGGGGAACACUGGUUAGGUAACCAAAUUUUGUAUGAAAUAACAAAUCUUGGAUGGUACGAAUUAAGGAUAAAUCUGGAAGAUUUCGAUGGUAAAAAGAGGUUUGCGAAAUACAGUCACUUCAAAAUUGGUCAUGAGGCGCAGGGAUACAAAUUGAUGAUAUCAGGAUACACCGGAAAUGCAGGAGACUCCAUGGCUCUAUCGCAAGGUCUCAAGUUUACAACCUAUGAUCGGGAUCAGGAUUCGCUCAAGAAAGUAAACUGUGCAGUAUUGUUUUCGGGGGGUUGGUGGUUCAAAGACUGCUUAGUGAGCCACCUUAAUGGUUUUUACUAUAGGAACCCCGUUAUUGCGACGAAAGCACAUGGUGUCGUGUGGUAUCACUGGAAGGGGUAUAAGUACUCCCUGAAAAGCACAACCAUGAUGCUGAGAAAGCACUCCAGCAAGAAAUCAAAAUAAAUAUACAUAGGGCCAUCUUUAUAAAAGUGUUUGUUUGUCCUCUCCCGACCCACUGACAAAAAAAAUGAACCGACUCAAAACUAUUUUUUUUUUUUUACAUUUCAUGACGCUUUAUUUGUUUUCGUUUUAUUUCUUUUAUCCUGUCGACACAUAUCUUUAAAUUUCCU